UUUAAUUUAUUAUUUGAUAACAUUCACAUCCAAAACGAAUCGCAAUAUUUUUAAUUUCGAAUGACGUUGUUCUCAUCUGAGGUGUGGAGUAGAUUAUGUGGUGGUGUUGAAUAAAGCCAACACCAUUGUGUAAGUAUGUGAUCGGUGGCCUAUAUCCUCACACCUCGUUGUUUCCCCCCACAUUUGGUUCGGGAAGAAGAGCACUGAAACCCAAUUUGACUAAGAUAUGGCUCAAUCCAAGUCCAAAUCGGUUCUCCUCCUCUGCGGCGACUUCAUGGAAGACUAUGAGGCGAUGGUCCCAUUUCAAGCGCUAAUGGCGUAUGGGGUUUCUGUGGAUGCUGUUUGUCCGGGGAAGAAAGCUGGCGAUAUCUGUCGGACCGCCAUUCAUGAGUUGUUGGGUCAUCAGACUUAUUCAGAAUCUCGUGGGCAUAAUUUUGCACUGAAUGCAACGUUUGAUGAAAUCGAUUUUGACAAAUAUGAUGGGUUGGUGAUCCCUGGAGGACGAGCGCCAGAAUACCUGGCUAUAAAUAGUUCAGUGCAGAGUUUGGUGAGAAAAUUUUCAGAGUCUGGGAAGCCAAUUGCAUCUGUUUGCCAUGGACAGUUGAUUUUAGCAGCUGCAGGGUUGGUUAGAGGUCGGAAGUGUACAGCAUACUCACCUGUGGGACCUGUCCUGGCUGCUGCUGGUGCUUCUUGGAUUGAGCCAGAAAGUUUGGCAGCGUGUGUUAUUGAUGGUAACUUAAUCACUGCUGCCACGUAUGAGAGUCAUCCUCAGUACAUUCAGCUUUUUGUCAAGGCACUUGGAGGAAACGUCAGUGGAUCAGAUAAAAGAAUUCUAUUCCUUUGUGGGGAUUACAUGGAGGACUACGAGAUAACUGUUCCGUUUCAAUCCUUUCAAGCUCUUGGUUGCCAUGUUGAUGGAGUUUGUCCCAAUAAAAAGGCUGGCGAUACCUGUCCAACUGCCGUCCAUGAUUUUGAAGGUGAUCAAACUUACUCGGAGAAGCCAGGCCAUAGUUUUACGCUAACUGCUGAUUUUGAAGGCUUGGAUGCAUCAAGUUAUGAUGCCCUUGUAAUCCCUGGUGGUCGAGCACCAGAAUAUUUGGCCCUGAAUCCGCAAGUUAUUGCAAUUGUUAAGGAGUUUAUGGAGGCUAAGAAGCCAGUUGCUUCUAUCUGCCAUGGACAACAGGUCUUAUCUGCUGCCGGAGUUCUUCAGGGGAGGAAAUGCACCGCUUACCCAGCCGUGAAACUGAAUGUGGAAUUGUCUGGAGCAACAUGGGUGGAACCUGAUCCAAUUGACCGGUGCUUUACCGACGGUAACCUUGUUACUGGAGCAGCUUGGCCUGGCCAUCCUCAGUUCAUUUCGCAGUUGAUGACACUUUUGGGUAUCCAAGUGACAUUUUGAUCAUAGCUUAACCAGAAGAGUUCACGUUGAACUUACUACAAGAGCAUGUCUGAAUAAACACAAUAAAAAGAAAGCAAUAAAUGUAGCAUAAUGUUUUAUGUUUUGGAUACGCCAACACCCUGUAUUUUUCUUUUCCUGGAAAUGUUGUGUUUUAGCUUAUACAAAUGUUAAUGUUUUGGAAAUCUCUACCCUUGUCUUAGUUUUCAAUGCAACUCAGACGUCAAUAA